AUGCCGUGGCUUAAACGCCUCAAUCCGAUGAUCAACUGGGAAACCAGUGACUUUUGGUUUGGUAAAGAUGCCAAAUGGCCACCGAAACCCACCGUCGAAGAUGCACCAGAUGAAGAAGUUUCGAUUUUCAAGAAAGAUGGACUCCCAGAGUUAAUCACCACCGAAACUUCCCCUACCUCAUUUGGACAUUCGGAAUCUAUCAGAGAAAUCAUGACCGAUAACACUGAGCGUGGCGAGUUACCCGCAGUGCGGAAUGAUACCGAACCAGAUGACCCACCAUCAGAACCCCCUAUGGAUCAGCUCGAUGACGACGAUCUAGUUAUAUCCUAUAUCGCAGGAGAGUCAGUUAUUGGGAUAUUUGAACCCAUCAGGAAGGAGUCACCUUUGACGAAUGAAGAGACUGAAACCGCAGUCUUCACCAUACGAAGAGGCCCCGCCAUUGGAAGAAUGACACACAGUACUCGAUCCCCAUUAUUCUGUAACGCACAGAAUACGGUCUUUUACAAACCAUCUGGUAAAUCACAAGAAUUGGCACAACAGGCACACAAGGAAGCAUCAGCUGUAGACAAACCCAAAACCGUCGAGGAGUUGGUCCCCAACUACCUCCACGAUUUGAAGUCCGUCUUUGAAAAGAAAGCAGCUGAACGCUUUCCAGAAACCAGACCUUGGGACCACGCCAUUGACUUGAAACCCGAUUUUAUUCCACGUGACUGUAAAGUCUAUCCGUUAUCGCUCAAAGAGCAAGGAGCGAUGGAUGACUUCCUGGAAGAAAAUCUGCGAAAAGGAUACAUCCGACCGUCGAAAUCUCCCAUGGCUUCACCAUUUUUCUUCGUAGGAAAGAAAGACGGAGCACUACGUCCCUGUCAGGAUUACCGAUACCUGAAUGAAGGGACGGUGAAGAACGCCUAUCCUCUUCCGCUCAUCUCUGACCUUAUGGAUCAAUUCAAAGGCGCAUCGAUCUUUACGAAAAUGGAUUUACGCUCCGGAUAUAACAAUGUCAGAAUCAAAGAUGGUGACCAAUGGAAGGGCGCAUUUAAGACAAAUCGCGGACUUUUCGAACCUAUGGUCAUGUUCUUUGGACUCUGCAACUCCCCGGCGACUUUCCAAAUGAUGAUGAACACACUCUUCAAGGACAUGAUCGAUGAGGGAUGGAUAGUCAUUUACAUGGAUGAUAUCCUCAUCUUCUCAAACGAUUUGGAAGAACAUCACGUUCGAACCCGACGCGUACUCCAACGACUCAAAGACAACGACUUAUUCCUUAAACCGGAAAAGUGUUUCUUUGACGUUAAAGAAGUCGAAUUCCUAGGCAUGAUCAUUUGA